CAUCUCCGGCUACGUUCUGCGGUUGGCUUCUCACAAGGUCACAGCUUCAGUGUUUCCCUGUUUCAACUUGGAUGGGGUUCUGCGUUUUGCUUCUCUUAUCUAUCUUCUGACUGCGUUUUGAACUGCUCUAAGGAUGGAUGUUGUUGUGGCAUCUUCGUCUGAUGAUGGUGGAAUAGGAUGUUGGGAGCUUGAGACAGGGGCUGAGCAGCUUCGCUACAAAUCGUGUUCUUCACCUUCUCAUGGCCUUGUCUCUGUGGGUGGUCGCUUCCUCGCUUCUUCUCAGAUUCGAGACCCUUCAGAAUCUUCUGGUUCUGUUUUCUUCUGGUCCUGGUCCAAGCCGCAAGUUGAAGUUAAGAGCUUUCCUGCUGAACCUAUUAAGCCCCUUGCUGCCAAUCACCCGGGCACCUAUCUUGCUGGUGGAGGCUUGUCUGGUAAAAUAUACUUGUGGGAGGUUGAAACUGGCAGAUUGCUGAAGAAGUGGGACGCCUAUUAUAUGGCUGUUACUUGCCUGGUAUUUUCUGAAGAUGACUCACUGCUGAUAUCUGGUUUUAAAGAUGGACGCAUAACAGUUUGGUCUCUCUUCACGAUAUUUGAUGAUUUGAGAAGUCGGGAAGCUAAUACUCUAUAUGAGCAUAGUGUCAAAGAGCACACCCAAUGUGUAACUGAUGUUGUGAUUGGUUAUGGAGGGUGCAAUGCAAUUAUAGUGUCAGCUUCAGAGGAUAUGACCUGUAAGGUAUGGACCUUAUCUAAGGGAAAACUAAAACUACUAAGAAAUAUAGUAUUCCCUGCAAAAGUUUAUGCCAUUGCAUUGGAUCCUGCUCAACAUGUGUUUUAUGCUGCCAGUGAUGAUGGAAAAAUAUUUAUCGCCGCACUUAACACUGAAAGCAGUGCUAGUAACAAUUAUGGGAUGUAUUUCAUUGAUUCAUCUUCUAGCAACAGCAAGGCAGUUACUUGCUUAGCAUAUGGCACGAGAGGGAAUUUGUUAAUAUCUGGGUCAGAGGAUGGAAUGGUACGUGUUUGGGAUGUGAGAACUCGUAACAUUGUCCGCAUGUUUAAACAUGCUAAAGGACCUGUAAAUAAUGUUAUUGUUGUUAGACAAGAAAUUGACUUAAGUAAUAGCAUAUCUUCUAAUGUACAAGCAUCCUCAAGAAAGCAUGGGGCUUUUUUACCUCCAUUGGAAAAAUAUGCAAAUUCAACGGAUGAAGACUCAGAUAUAAAGACUGUUAUCAGCCUUGGGGGUGGCAGGAGAUGCGUGGAUGUUUCAUACCUCAGUUCUCAUGUGAUAUCUAAUUGCAUUAAGGAGCUUCAGCAUCAAGGUUCAGCUGCUGCUUCUGAAAUGGAGAUGGAGAAACUAAAACAUGAUUGCCAAAGGUCGAUGCAAAUGGUUGACCAAUGGAAGAAAAUGUACGGAAACUUGCAUCAAUUUUGUGCAAAUGUGCUGGUAGAUGAUCAAGCUAGAACCUUAGAUGAAAAUGACAAAUAGGGCAGGUUUUUAUUGCCAGGCACUAUUCAGUAUAUCUCUAGCAUCACAAGAUUUCCUUCUCCGUGUUCGUUCUGCUUCCUCUUAAUUUUUUAAUUUUUUUAUUUUCUACGCCGCUAUAUUAAUUUUUAUCUUCUUUUUUUUAAAAAAAAAAAAAAAAACUGUUGUACAUAAAGAAAACUUCAUCCUUCCAUUGAUUCGUUAAAAGUAUUCAUUAUCCAUCAUAUUCAUACCUACUGACAAUUUUAGGAGAAAAUAAAGUGAUCCCAGGUU